CCCAGAGCCGCACGGCGGCACUACAGCCCCCGGCAGUCCCGGACGCUUCUCCGCGCCCUCGCCUCUGCCGGAGCCGCGGCCGUGCCCGGCGUUGCGCGGGAAGGGGGCGGGAGCCAUGGCUGACAGUGGAGAGACUCCGGCGGCCCCGGCCGCGGCCCCUCCGGGUUCGCCGGCUCAGAGGCGGCGGCCGGGCGGCUCCCCCAGGGCGGCUGCCGGCGGGGCGGAGGGCGCGGAGGCGGCGGCCAUGCCGCGGCUGCCGCUGGGCGUCCCGGGCGGGGCGGCGGGGAUGUCGCUGCCGCGGCUGGAGAAGCCGAUCAAGCAGGCCUUCUACAACACCGGGGCGCUGCUGUUUGCGGGGCUGUGCUGCGGCGCCGCCGUCCUGGUCUACUUCAUCCUGGAGGCCUUCCUGCGGCCGCUGCUCUGGGCCGUGCUCUGCGGCACCUUCCUACACCCCUUCAAGAGCUCCCUGACGGCGCUGGGCCGCCGCUGGCUGGGCCGCCUGCACCGCUCCCGCACCCCGGUCCUGCUGGCCGCCCUCCUCCUCCCCAUCUGCUUCGCCAACUACGGGGUGGAGGCGCUGGGCGAGCAGGUGCUGCGGCGCCGGCGGCUCCUGCUGCUGCUGGGCGCUGGGGGGCCGAUCCUCUACGGGCUGUACUGCCUGGGCAGCUCCUUGGGCGUGCAGGUACUGCUGGCCCAGGCCGCCCGCCUCAUCUGCCAGGGGCUGGACUACUUCAGCAGCCAGUGGAUAUGGACGUUGGUAGUUGGUUACCUGCUGAUGGUUUCAUUCAAGUGGAAUAUAAGCACUGAACGUUACUUAAAAGCAGUCUCUGUCCCUGUCUGGAUUAUGCUGCUAUUUCACUUAGCUUCUGUGGCAGGCUCCUGGAGGAUUCCUGUGUUUCUGGUUAUAGUUGUUCUGAUGACGGUAGGCAUGUUGCAUGAACAGCAGAAUGGAAAGGAGUCUUCUGGGGCAGAGCUUCCUGGUCAGAUGAUUUCCAUUGCUGCUUCAACAAUUGCCAUGGCGAUUUCAAUGACAGAAGAUGAGUCCAGUAAUGAGCGUUCCUCACAACCCUCAGGAACAACCGAAGGUGAUCAGCCUCCACAUGCUUCAUCAUCUUUCUCCUCCUCUUCAUCGUCUUCUGGGAGCAGACAAAGACCUGAGAUAGGGUCUUUUCUUAGAAAAAAGAAAACUAGUGAUAUCUACUUUGUUGCACUUGUGUGGGCCAUUGUCAUUGUCCAGAUCUGGCUAAAUUUCUGGAUUGUGCAGCUCUUGCCAGUGCCUUUUGCAGUUUGGGCACUUAAAAAACUUGUGGUUCAUUUCGGAGUUUUGAACUUCAUGGCAAACCAUUGCAAAAGUUGGUGGCAACUUGUUGAAAAUUUUGUGAAGGAACGUCAGGAAGCUCUUGCUCCACGGCCCAUCAGAGGGCUCGGAAGAGUCAUGCUAAAGCUUGACAGUAAGCUGUGGCACUGGCUUAAUAAGAAGAUCAUCGUGUGGUUGGAGAAAAUGCUAGAUAAAAUAAUCAGCAUUUUCAUAAUAUUUUUGCUAGUGAUAGGAACCCUUCUGCUAGCCCUGCUCCUUACUGCAAAGGUACAUCAAGAGAGUGUUCACAUGAUUCAAGUCACAAGCAGCUUGAUCAAUGAGACAGUAGCCAGUCACCCAGAAUGGGCAAACUGGCUCCCAGAAGCCCAAGUUAUUCAGAAGGCACUCAAUUCAGCAGCUAAUAACGUAUACCAAUAUGGCCGAGAAUGGAUUACACAUAAGCUCCAUAAGAUUUUAGGAGAAAAAGUGAAUAACACCGCUGUGAUUGAAAAGCAAGUGCUAGAGCUCUGGGACAGGCUUUAUCACUCGUGGUUUGUGAAGAAUGUAACACAUUCUGGAAGACACAAAGGACACAAAUGGCACAUAAACCGCCAAAACAGCUGGCUUGGUGAUAUUCUGGACUGGCAAGAUGUUGCAUCAUUUGUUCAUGAUAACAUUGAAACAUUUCUUUCGAUCCUGGAGUCUCUGUGGAUAGUGAUGAGUCGCAACGUGAGCCUCUUAUUUACUACAGUUACAACAUUAGUGACAAUCCUCUUCCAUAGUGGGACAGCUCUUCUCAAUUUUGUGCUUUCAGUGGUGAUUUUUCUGACCACGUUGUUCUACCUAUUGAGUUCCAGUGAUGAGUACUACAAGCCAGUAAAGUGGGUGAUAAGCCUGACACCUUUGUCUCAGCCAGGUCCCUCCUCAAAUAUAGUUGGCCAAUCUGUGGAGGAAGCAAUAAGAGGUGUAUUUGAUGCUUCUCUCAAAAUGGCUGGGUUCUAUGGACUCUACACUUGGCUGACUCACACUAUAUUUGGGAUUAACAUAGUCUUCAUACCAUCUGCAUUAGCAGCAAUCCUUGGAGCAGUGCCGUUUCUGGGGACGUACUGGGCAGCCAUCCCUGCAGUCCUAGAUUUGUGGCUUGUGCAAGGACAGGGAUGCAAAGCCAUUUUGCUCUUGGUUUUUCACCUUUUGCCAACCUAUUUUGUAGACACAGCAAUUUAUUCAGAUAUAUCAGGAGGUGGUCAUCCUUACCUGACAGGUCUUGCGGUAGCUGGUGGAGCGUAUUACCUGGGACUGGAAGGAGCCAUCAUAGGACCAAUUCUGCUUUGUAUACUUGUGGUAGCUUCAAACAUAUAUAGUGCCAUGUUGGUGAGUCCAACAAAUUCAGUGCCCACUCCAUCACAAGCAGCAUGGCCGUUACAGAUUUACCGGUCUUCUAGAGAGAGUCCUGAGGAGAUCAAAAUGGCUGCAGCAGAGUGAUGAAGGUGCUGUGCUGCACAUAUUCAACAUGAGAGAAUCACUGUCUUCUGUCUUGAGUUCACAACAGCCAUGGCCUUCUGUCCUUUUCCAGCCGUGCCUAGGGGCAGCUCACAGGGAAGCAUAGCUUGGGUUUUAGGAGAAACCACUUCUCGAACAUCUGCUGGCCUUACAUUAUUGUGCACUUUGCCUCUUCAGGAGAGAAUGUCUACUUCCCAUGGCUAUACAUAAUAACACACAGUUCAACUGCCUUGCUGAAGACCUUGAAGACCUUCUGUCUUCAUAAAAAGAAUGGUUAAGAGGACAGGUAUAUCCACUGGAGACAUCUUAUCUGCUGAAAUGACUAACUUGGCUUUAAUUUAUUGGGUUAUUUAGUAGCUUUAAAGAAAGCUAAUUCCAAAAUAUUUAUUCUCAGUUAAUCUGGUGGCAAAAAAGGUGUAAACCACUCAUUGUUAAAUGAAAGUAGAAUAUAAUUGUUUGCUGCUUCUCAAAGUAUUUCUUUAGAGGCUUUGACCAUCAUCUAUAACUUGUAAUAGCACCUAAAUAUUAUUUUCUUAUACUGAAAACACUGAAAUGUAAUGUUGUUGGAGACUGGUGUUUCUAAUAUCUUCCUGAAAUUGCUAGACAUGUAAAUUGUUAAAUGUGGGUUUCCUCAUAUUGAAAUGGGAGGACUUGUUUACAUAGUUUAAUCUUGCCCUUAUUUGCAGUGAAAUCUGAUAGUAUUUUGCUGUUUACCCACCAUCCCAGUAGAGCCGUCUUGUCAACUAAAUUUAAUUGAAGACCUCAAGUGUUUUCAGGCAAAGGUAAUGUACGAUUGUCUUGUCUACUUCCAGUAAUAGGAAGAAGUUGAAGGGGAUUGUUAAAUGUUGGUUUUCAAGUGCCGUUGCUGAGUUCAGCUAACUUUUCAAACAAAUGUAAGUUUAUUUCCAAAGAGGAAGGGGGGAGAGGAUGGAUUUUGGUUUAGUUUAGUUUGUUUCUUCCCCGUGUAAGCUUCCGGCCAAAUAUCUUACUAAGAUAAAAGAUGUAUCUUAAUAAUAAACAGAGUUCUUAAAUUCCUGAAAUGGUGUGUUGCCUAGAUCACAGCAUCAAACUACUCCUGUGCUUUUCUUCCAUAUGUAGUUUUGCUUAAAUUGCAGUUUUUUGUGACAAUUAAGGCCUUUUGUAUUGAUUGUUGAAAUAUUUUGACACAACGGAUCUUUACAAAUGGAUCCUUUUUAUAAAUAGAAUUGGGUUUUUUGGUAGAAAUUUCAUACUUGAACAGCUUUUCCACAAAUACAUUGAGGCCCUAGGUACGAAGUAGCAGAUGCACAUGCUUAACCAAAGAACCACCUUUCAGUAACUUCUCUUGAAUUUGUUUCAGAGUUUGACCGAUAAUGAGUUAUACAAAACACAGGCAUGCUUUGCAUUUAUUGUUGACGGUAAUGCAACUGUUGAAGAAAAAUAUGUUUUUGUCUAGGGAUAAGAAUAUCUAAGAUUUGUGUACAAACAGCUCUCGGUAACUUAGGUGUUUGUUUUGCUUGAGUUGCAGAAGUGCUGAUAGAUUCGGAAGGCUCAUAUUUUCAUGAGAUUGCAUGUAGUUUUACAUUGUUUCUAAAAGUACAUUGCCAUAGAAAGUGAUUGGAAAGUACUCUGAUACUAAGUCCUGGUAUAGGUUUGCAGUAAACAGGCUGCCUGUUAAGACACAAAUAGCCUGCUCCUCAGAUUCUCAAAAUUAUCUGCUGCAAUUUUACUGAUGAAAUUUUCUGCUUAAAUGGGGGGUUUCAAGCAUGCUGGUUUUGCACUUGCAAACCUGCAGGUAUGUGUUUGGAGAACUAAUUUAGUGGUUUGAAUCAAGUUCAUUGAAAUAUGGAAACAUCCCAUUUAAUAUUUUAAAUUCUGAAAGACCUACACAUCAGUUCCAACUAACUAAAUAGGAAGGUAUAUUGCUUGAAUUGAGUAACUGACCAGUGUUUUAAUUUCCUUGGUUUUGUGGAUCACAUAAAAUCUUCAAUGAAACACAUUUUUAUAGUUGUUGCUGGCUAGGAUGGAGGAUGACAAAGAACCUGAGGCUGUCCCUCCGUAUUCCUGCAGCAUUCUAACCAGCUUGAAUAAGACUGCUGUGAUACUUGGGAAACUUCUUUCUUACGUUUGUUUUUUAAUACAGAAUUUUGCACUGAAAUGUUGUGUUCUCGUUCUAGCAUUUAAAGAAGAUUACUAGCAAGAAAUAUGCACCUUUAAUGUAUUUCUGGUUUUCCAUUGCUCCUCUUUACUCACUGGUCAAGACAUUCUAUUGUCCACAUUUGCUGUACCAGUUAUUUCUGAGACAAUCUUUCAGAUUCCUAUGGUACUCAACAUAGUCAUUUUAAAGAGUCAUUAUAAAGCAUUCUUUUGUUUGUUUUUAAUUUUUCCUUUUCUCCCCCCUCUCCUCCCCUUCAUCCAACCUCCUGAGAUCAAAGAAGGGUCUCUGCUGUGAAGAUUAAAAUGGUAUUUCAGACACAAUUAUCUUUAAUAAUGGCAAAUCAGUAAAAUAAGCUGAGAAGAUACAUUGUUAUUUUCUAACAUUCCUUUCCCUAUGUGAAGAGAAAUUGUUUAGUGUACAGAAUUCAUAUCUGAUGUAGUCUUGUUAGUUGGCCCUUCUUUUAAAUGAGGCUUCAUAUUGAUGCUUCCUGUUUCAAAUUCAGCUAAGACUUGCCUCGAAGAACCAUCAGUAGUAUGGUCUUUCUCAGUAAAUGUAGCUUAAAGAGCUCAUGCUACGUGCCAUGCCAGAUGGAGGAGUCAAGUGUAUGGUUCAGUGGUGGUACAGUAACAGUAUACUGCCAAAAAGAAAAGAAAAAAAAGAAACAAAACCUCCAGUAAUACCUUCUUAGAAUAUGAAAUGUUCACUGAAUUUUGCCAUGUUUAGGAGAAAAAAAAAAAAAGGCCAAAACAGCACCUUAUGAAAAAGCAUACUGAUUAUUUACGGUUUGUUGUUAGAAUACAGUUACCAGUAGAAAUAGAAAAACUUGCCCUUGCAUAUUUAACAAUCCAUAUUCUUUUCUGAAGAGACUCAGCCUUUUUAAGAACAGUUUAAUUUAGAUCAAUCUCACAUUAAUGUGAAAAUAAUCAAACCAGUCAUUUUGACUUCUGGUCAUUGUAACAUACCAGUUCCUCAUUAUAUUGCCUCAUCUGCAAAAGCAAGCAGCAGCUCUGUGGGAUAAGCUUUUAAAUGGCUUCUAUGUUUCCAAAAAAAAAGGAGUGGGAAGGCGAAACUCCUCACACACCCUUUUCUGUAGUGACAUUAAACUAUAGUUUUCUUAGGAGAGACCAUCUUUUUAAUAAUGCUUAUAGGCAAGAAGUUGAUGGUCUUUAGCUUUACUGUAAACAGUCAUUCCAGGAGCAGGUAUUUUCUUGUCUUUAGUACACUUAGUAAUCAGUUUGAAAAAAAACAGUUUACAAUUCAUAAGGGAAUGCUUGUAGUAAACCAAGACAAUGUGGUCUCAUGGUAUUGUAAAUUACAACUGUGCUGGUUUUUAUCAUUCUUUUCAAGCAAAUCAGGCUUGCUGCAAGUAAGUGUAGUGCUGUAGGGCUAGCGGUAACUGUUUCUUGCACUGAGUCUGAGUUUGCCCUUCCUGCCCUUCCUGUGCUGUAGCAGAGCUAGGAGAAGUGAAUGUGUGCCAGUUUACAGCCCAGCAUGUUGACUUCGGGUUGCUGUAGAUACUGACUUAAUUGAAUACACGAAGAAACAAACUGCGCUGGGCAAGAAUCUGGCACACAUUAAUUUUGUCAGCCUUACUAUAUUAUGGUGACUUGCAGCACAGAUGCACCACUACGGCUUCACCUGGGGGCAGUAAUGACUUAUUUCGAAAAGACGCUUUUUUUUUUUUCCUAAAAAAAAAAAAACCCAAACUUUAACAUUAUAGUCAUAUAUACAAUAGGCGUUUUUCAGAAAUUAAGUUGAUACACACGUAUCUAAUAAUAGAAACAGCAGUCCGAUAUUUCCAUGUGCAAUGUUUUGUAUUUGCAGCUCAUUCGGGGCACAUCUAGGUUUGUCUGAUCUCAAGGACUAUGUGGCUUCUCUUCAAGACUUUGGUGAGGAAGAUAUACUUAUGUAUAUUUUGUCCGUGUUUACUUAAAUAAAGUAAGAAAAAAAGCAUUGUGUAGGGAAAAUUGGAUGCUGUCUCCAGUAUCAUAUAUUGUGGAUAUCAGUGUAACUUCUGAAAUAGGUGUGUGGCUGCCAUGUUAAACAUCGUUUUUCAGCAAACAAAAAAUACAAAACCGAAAAAAAUUGGUCCUCAGUAAAAGCAGCAGCAGAACUACUGUGCUGCCAAUCCCUAGUACUGCUGACACACUAUGCAGAGUGCUGCCUUUCCUAUGGACCUGAUACACUAAGGAUGGCAAAAUACCAUUAUUCUACUGAGAGUCUUAGAAGAUGCUCCCACAAAUUGUCUUUAUUCAAACACUGUGUUCCUAACAGAAUCAUACAAUCAUAGAAUUGCCUUGGUUGGAAGGGACCUUUCAGAUCAUCUUGUCCAACCAUCAACCUAACUCUGACAAAACCAUCACUAAACCAUAUCACUAAGCACUACGUCUACCUGUCUUUUAAAUACCUCCAGGGAUGGUGACUCAAACACUUCCCUGGGCAGCCUGUUCCAAUGCUUAAUAACCCUUUCACUGUAAAAAUUUUUCCUAAUAUCCAAGCUAAACCUCCCCUGGUGCAACUUGAGGCUGUUUCCUCUUGUCCUAUUGCCUGUUACUUGGGAGAAGAGACCGAUGCCUACUUCUCUACAGCCUCCUUUCAGGGAGUUGUAGAGAGCGAUAAGGUCUCCCCUCAGCCUCCUUUUCUCCAGGCUAAACAACCCCGGCUCCCUCAGACCCUCCUCAUAAGGCUUGUUCUCUAGACCCCUCACCAGUUUCGUUGCCCUUCUCGGGACCCACUCCAGCACCUCAAUGUCUUUCUUGUAGUGAGGGGCCUUGAUAAGAGGCCUAUUAACACAGGACUCGAGGUGGGGCUUUACCAGUGCUGAGUACAGGGGGACAAUCACUUCCCUAGUCCUACUCACCACCCUGUUCCUGAUACAAGCCAGGAUGCUGUUGGCCUUCUUGGCCACCUGGGCACACUGCUGGCUCAUAUUCAGCCGGCUGUCAACCAACACCCUCAGGUCCUUUUCUGCCAGGCAGCUCUCCAGCCACCCUUCCCCAAGCUUGUAAUGCUGGCUCAAGUUUGUCCCUGCAGAUAGUACCACAUUUAUAGACACUACAUCAGGAAAUAGCUACGACUUCUUUCAGAAGGUGCUGAAAGCUGUUGGGAUUGGAGUUAGCAUUCAUUGUGUUUAAUAAUGGAGGUACCAUUCUUCUAGAGAUGCAGUUGUUUGCCUUGAAGUUUGCAAUUUUACAAGAGAGAAUUGGUUUCGCGAUUAAAUAAUCUUUAUUGAGUGACAGCUGGCAUCUCUUAAAUCCAUGGAUGCAUCAUCUUUAUAAACUCUAUCUUGGCUUGUAUUUCAAAGCGUUUCAUCUUAUUACUAUUUCUUACGCUUUUUUGUGAAGCGUACUUCGGCAAUUCCCUUCUUAUUUCUAUUUCCACAGAACUAGAAUUGCCUAAAACUCUAAACAAAUCUUAGGGAGGUGUGAUCUUUAACCUGAUACUGUAUUUUUCACUUUUAGGAAAAUACCUUAAUGCUUUAUAGUAAAAUUCUCCAAAAUUGCUUUUAAAUGCUAAAAUUGGAAAUUUAAAAAAAAAAUAAUUGCAAUGUGGAAAAUGAACUCAGUAUUUUGAAACCAGAAGCAGUGCCAGAAGCGACGAGCAUAUUCAGGGAUUCUACACUGGGUUUGUAAAUAUAUAUAAGAAUAUGCAGUAUUAUAUAAAUAUGAGCAGUGUCUGUCCUAUUCAGACUUUAACUGAAAUUUUUUUCCUAUCUUUUUUUUAAAGAUAUCUGAGAGCAAAAUAGUACCUGUAUAUAGUGAAAAUAAGCAACAUUUUCUAGAAUUAGUGUUUACUUGAUAAACGCUGAGGAAGAGCCAGGCAGAUACUGAUAGGGUGACUGGAACUGUUUUGUUGUAGUUACUAUAAAAUUGGGAAAACCUGUUCUUCCGUGUAGUAGUAAUCCAUUGCUAAGAGAUUGCUGUUCCUGGAAGUAUUUGCACACAUCCACUAAAGAGCUGCCAAAAUUAAUAGGUCAUGAAAUACGUCUUCAGUUCCCCCAUCUCUUAACCUCUUCGACACCUCAUCUGGUACCUUGUUUCAUCCUCUUUUGGGAUCGAUUCCAAGACCUGAAGGGCAUGCUUUGAAUGUCCAUACUGAAAAAGUAUGUCCAAUUCAGGACAAGGAAUUGCUAAUUGGCAGGUAAAUGCAUCCUUGAUGUGCUCUGCGUAUGGAUAGACUUGGACAAACAUAAUUUAUGUUACAUUGAAUUAGAGAUUAUUCUUUGACUGUAGCACUAUGUAGCAAUACCAAAUCUAGGUUUCAGUUGGAAGCAGGGCAUGUUUACUUGCAUCAGGAUGCAUUUGCAAGCUAAGAAAGGCGGAGUGAGUGCUCUAGCAUCCAUGUAUAUAUCUGAAGAAAUUUCAGCAUGAUGGUUUCAAAGCAAAAAUGUUGAUUUCUUUUCCUAGCCUCACUUUUUGCCACUUGACUAUUCUAUACAAUGAUCCAAUGAGGACCUAAAGGCAAAGUGACUUUUCAUGGUAUUGGUGUAGAUUUGAAUGUAAGAGGCAUCACAAAGCUAGAAAGUAGCCACAGACCAAAAGUUCAUUCAGCUUAAGAACUGACAUCGAGGCCAUAAGCUUAGAAAAACAAAACCCAAAUUUUUGGCCUCCUUUCUGCCAGUCUCAGCCCCAAACUGAAGCUUUUUCAAGAAGUAUCAGUAAAAAAUAUUUCUGUGUUGCUUUUAACUUACUGGCUACGUAAACCAAUGUUUGCCGUUUCCUGUGUCAUCACUGGUAUAUUCUACAAGCAUACAAUUUGUUCAGAUUGUUACCCUUAAAAACAAAUUUUCUAUGCUUCAGUGAUGGUUGGAAACUAACUCUUUAUGCUAACAGUUAGGUGUUUACCUAUACAUAUAUAUAUAUAUAAAAAAUAUAUAUAUUAUAUGUAUGUAUAGAAUAUAUGCAUAUAUUUUAUAUAUUUAUAUAUUUUACAUAUAUAUAUAUAUAUGUACGUUAACUAGUGUUCGAUGUUUUGGUUGGAAGACUAGGGAAGUUGUUUUUUUUUCCCUUUGAUAAAUUUCACCAAACCAAAUCCAAAGAAACUUUUGAUGUCAGGUACUAAGACUGGCUAGACCCUACUCAAACCUAACAGCAGAUCUUGUACGUUACAGAGCACGGGUUGUUCUAAAGCAUGCAUCCCUACCCAGAACCUGUGGGGCUUUGGAGCAAUAACUUCUGUUGCCGACACAAAUUUUUUCUGUAACUGUAUGUGUGAUACAUCUUCAGACUUGGAACUAUGUUCAAAACUAAUGUUACCAUAAUUGGUUUUGGUACAGUACCUGGUUUUGCAUGUAUAAUAUUAAAAAUAUAACCCCUGUGUCCAUCUGUGGCAGAAUAAAAUGUGUGAGUUAAGAUUGAGAAUUACUCGUGUAGACUGCAGAGGUAUUGAAAUAAUUUUGAUUGUAUGCACCAGUCCUCUUCCUAAUAAAAAAGUUUUUUGUAGCAGGUUUAAGAAGCUUUUGACUUAAUAUUGUAUUCACACUGGAGUCCUUUGUAUGCACAGAACAGUUAAUAUAUUUUGAAAUAAAAUGCU